ACAUAUCUACAAUGGCGUUGAACUACAGUGUGUUGAUGCGCUAACGUAAUGGUUAUGUUUGCUUCUAUAUAAAAUCGAUAUUUUCAGCACAAAUAUGUCUAUUCCACCAUAUUUAUUGGGUCCAAAUCCAUGGGCCACUAUGAUGGCUCAACAACAGGCUCAUGCACAAUUAGCUGCAGCCCAGGCUCAUGCUCAAGCAGCUGCACAUGCACAAGCUGCGCAUCAUGCUCAUAUGCAAGCAAUAGCAGGACCGCCGUUACCACAAAUGCCUAAACAACCUGAAGUUUUGUCAGAAGAUAAGCUUCAAGAAAAAGCACAAAAAUGGCAACAACUUCAAUCAAAAAGAUUCGCUGAGAAAAGAAAAUUUGGUUUUGUGGAUGCUCAGAAGGAAGAUAUGCCUCCAGAGCAUAUAAGAAAAAUCAUUAGAGAUCAUGGAGACAUGAGCAGUCGUAAAUAUAGACAUGACAAACGUGUUUACUUAGGUGCAUUAAAAUAUAUGCCUCAUGCAGUUAUGAAACUUUUGGAAAAUAUGCCUAUGCCCUGGGAACAAAUUAGAGAUGUAAAGGUUCUCUAUCAUAUCACAGGUGCAAUUACAUUUGUAAAUGAAAUUCCUUGGGUUAUAGAACCUGUGUAUAUUGCUCAAUGGGGUACAAUGUGGAUUAUGAUGCGAAGAGAGAAACGAGACCGUAGGCAUUUCAAGAGAAUGAGAUUUCCACCUUUUGAUGACGAAGAACCACCGUUAGAUUACGCGGAUAAUGUUUUAGAUGUAGAACCUUUGGAAGCCAUUCAGAUUGAACUUGACUCGGAAGAAGAUGAAUCUGUGGCUUCAUGGUUUUAUGAGCAUAAACCACUUGUUGGCACUAAGCACGUAAAUGGGUCCACUUAUCGAAGGUGGAACUUGACUUUACCACAGAUGGCAACUUUAUAUCGUUUGGCUAAUCAGUUAUUAACGGAUUUGGUGGAUCAAAACUUUUUUUAUCUAUUUGACCCAAAAUCAUUUUUCACCGCAAAGGCGUUAAAUAUGGCUAUACCAGGUGGUCCAAAAUUUGAGCCACUGGUGAAAGAUUCAAAUGCAGCCGAUGAAGAUUGGAACGAGUUUAACGAUAUCAAUAAAAUUAUCAUUAGACAGCCUAUAAGAACAGAGUAUCGUAUCGCGUUCCCAUAUUUGUACAAUAAUAUGCCACAUUUUGUACAUUUAUCAUGGUAUCACGCUCCAAAUGUCGUUUAUAUAAAAACUGAAGAUCCCGAUUUACCCGCAUUUUAUUUCGAUCCUUUGAUCAAUCCUAUCUCUCACAGAAAUUCGCUGAAGACCGUGGAACCACAAAUUGAAGAUGAUGAAGACUUCGUGCUUCCUGAAGAAGUGCAACCCUUCCUUCAAGAGACGCCGUUAUACACCGAUAAUACGGCAAACGGAAUAGCUUUGCUAUGGGCACCCAGGCCAUUUAAUACCCGUUCUGGUAGAACGAGAAGAGCCAUCGACAUUCCUUUAGUGAAAUCUUGGUACAGGGAGCACUGUCCACCGGGACAACCUGUUAAAGUUCGGGUCAGCUAUCAAAAGCUGUUGAAAUACUUUGUGUUGAACGCGUUGAAACAUAGGCAUCCUAAACCGCAGAAGAAACGUUAUCUAUUCCGUUCAUUCAAAUCAACGAAAUUUUUCCAAACUACUACGAUCGAUUGGGUCGAAGCUGGUCUACAAGUAUGCAGACAGGGAUAUAACAUGUUGAAUUUACUCAUUCAUAGAAAAAACUUGAACUAUUUACAUUUGGAUUAUAAUUUCAAUCUGAAACCGGUUAAAACACUAACAACGAAAGAAAGAAAAAAAUCUAGAUUCGGAAAUGCUUUCCAUUUGUGUCGCGAGAUUUUGCGUUUGACAAAAUUGAUCAUCGAUUCUCACGUACAGUAUCGUUUGAAUAAUGUUGACGCGUUCCAACUCGCGGACGGAUUACAAUAUAUUUUCGCGCACGUUGGACAAUUGACUGGAAUGUAUCGAUACAAAUAUAAGUUGAUGAGACAAAUCAGAAUGUGCAAAGACUUGAAACAUUUAAUUUAUUACCGCUUUAACAGAGUAUGGCUCUUCUUCAUGAGGGGAAUCACUCCGUUACUGGAAAGAUGGUUGGGCAAUUUGUUGUCUAGACAAUUCGAAGGUCGUCAUUCGAAGGGGGUUGCGAAAACUGUGACGAAACAACGGGUGGAAUCGCAUUUCGAUCUUGAACUAAGAGCAUCCGUAAUGCACGAUAUCGUUGACAUGAUGCCAGAGGGAAUUAAACAAAAUAAAGCUCGUACGAUACUUCAACACCUCAGCGAGGCAUGGAGAUGUUGGAAGGCUAACAUUCCUUGGAAGGUUCCUGGAUUACCAAUACCGAUUGAGAAUAUGAUCCUUCGUUAUGUUAAAAUGAAAGCAGAUUGGUGGACGAAUACCGCGCAUUAUAAUCGAGAACGUAUUAGACGUGGAGCGACUGUGGAUAAAACUGUUUGUAAAAAGAAUCUUGGACGUCUCACACGUCUCUAUCUUAAAGCCGAACAAGAACGGCAACACAAUUAUUUGAAGGAUGGUCCGUACAUUUCACCGGAAGAAGCAGUAGCUAUAUAUACCACAACUGUACAUUGGUUGGAAUCCAGAAGAUUCGCUCCUAUACCUUUCCCACCACUAUCUUACAAACAUGAUACCAAACUUUUGAUAUUAGCUUUGGAACGUUUAAAAGAAGCAUAUAGCGUGAAAUCGAGGUUAAAUCAAAGUCAACGUGAAGAACUUGGUUUGAUCGAACAGGCAUAUGAUAAUCCGCACGAAGCACUCUCUAGAAUCAAACGUCAUCUUUUAACUCAAAGAGCAUUCAAAGAGGUGGGCAUAGAAUUUAUGGAUCUUUACAGUCACUUAAUUCCGGUUUACGAUGUUGAACCUCUUGAGAAAAUCACAGAUGCUUACUUGGAUCAAUAUUUAUGGUACGAAGCGGACAAACGAAGGUUGUUUCCGCCGUGGGUUAAACCUUCGGAUACAGAACCACCUCCUCUCUUGGUCUACAAAUGGUGUCAGGGUAUUAAUAAUCUACAAGAUGUUUGGGAUGUUAGCGAGGGAGAAUGUAAUGUGUUAUUAGAAUCAAAGUUUGAAAAAUUGUAUGAAAAAAUCGAUCUGACGUUGUUGAAUAGACUUCUUCGAUUAAUUGUUGAUCAUAAUAUAGCCGAUUAUAUGACUGCAAAGAAUAACGUUGUCAUAAAUUAUAAGGAUAUGAACCAUACGAACAGUUACGGAAUAAUUAGAGGAUUGCAGUUUGCGUCAUUCAUAGCGCAAUAUUAUGGCUUGGUGUUGGACUUGUUGGUUCUUGGAUUGCAAAGAGCCAGCGAAAUGGCUGGUCCUCCUCAAAUGCCAAACGACUUUUUAACUUUCCAAGACGUAGCUUCGGAAACGGCGCAUCCCAUUAGGUUAUACUGCAGAUACGUAGAUAGGAUACAUUUGUUUUUGAGAUUCUCCGCGGAUGAGGCAAGAGAUCUGAUUCAGAGAUACUUGACGGAACAUCCGGACCCUAAUAAUGAAAAUAUCGUUGGUUAUAAUAAUAAAAAAUGUUGGCCUCGAGAUGCACGAAUGCGACUUAUGAAGCACGAUGUGAAUUUAGGUCGAGCUGUAUUUUGGGACAUUAAAAAUCGUUUACCCCGGUCCACAACUACGAUACAAUGGGAGAACAGUUUUGUUAGCGUAUAUAGUAAAGAUAAUCCUAAUCUACUAUUCAACAUGAGUGGAUUCGAAUGUAGGAUUUUACCAAAAUGUAGAACUACGCACGAAGAGUUUACACACAGGGAUGGCGUGUGGAACUUGCAAAAUGAAAUAACGAAAGAAAGAACGGCUCAGUGCUUCUUGAGGGUCGAUGACGAAAGUCUGCAACGGUUUCACAACAGAGUUAGACAAAUUCUUAUGGCUUCUGGAUCCACAACUUUCACGAAGAUCGUUAACAAAUGGAAUACCGCGUUGAUCGGACUGAUGACUUAUUUCCGUGAAGCUGUGGUAAACACUCAGGAGCUUCUAGAUUUAUUGGUUAAGUGUGAAAAUAAAAUUCAAACGCGAAUUAAGAUUGGUCUUAAUUCAAAAAUGCCCUCGCGAUUUCCACCGGUAGUGUUUUACACGCCGAAAGAACUCGGUGGACUGGGUAUGCUUUCGAUGGGACAUGUGCUCAUACCUCAGUCGGAUUUAAGAUGGUCGAAACAAACCGACGUUGGUAUUACACAUUUCCGUUCGGGCAUGAGUCACGAUGAAGAUCAGUUAAUUCCAAAUUUAUAUCGAUACAUUCAACCUUGGGAAUCUGAGUUUAUAGACUCGCAGCGAGUGUGGGCGGAAUAUGCGUUGAAGCGACAAGAAGCCAAUGCCCAAAAUCGUAGGCUCACGUUGGAAGAUCUCGAAGAUAGUUGGGAUCGUGGUAUUCCUAGAAUAAAUACAUUGUUCCAGAAAGACAGGCACACUCUCGCCUACGAUAAGGGUUGGAGAAUACGUACCGAAUUUAAACAGUAUCAGGUGUUGAAACAAAAUCCUUUCUGGUGGACCCAUCAACGUCACGACGGCAAACUAUGGAACUUGAAUAAUUACAGAACAGAUAUGAUACAGGCUCUCGGCGGUGUAGAAGGUAUCUUAGAGCAUACGCUCUUCAAGGGAACGUACUUUCCAACUUGGGAAGGUCUUUUCUGGGAGAAAGCAUCCGGCUUUGAAGAAUCGAUGAAAUACAAGAAAUUAACUAACGCUCAAAGGUCGGGUUUGAAUCAAAUUCCAAAUCGUCGAUUCACCUUAUGGUGGUCACCGACUAUUAACAGGGCAAACGUAUAUGUUGGUUUUCAGGUGCAACUGGACUUGACAGGAAUAUUUAUGCACGGUAAAAUUCCUACGUUGAAGAUUUCAUUGAUUCAAAUAUUCCGUGCCCACUUGUGGCAAAAGGUGCACGAAUCGAUCGUAAUGGAUCUGUGUCAAGUUUUCGAUCAAGAAUUGGAUGCGUUAGAAAUCGAGACCGUACAAAAGGAGACUAUACAUCCGAGAAAAUCGUACAAGAUGAACUCUUCUUGCGCUGAUAUUUUACUUUUCUCUGCAUAUAAAUGGAACGUUUCUAGACCAUCGCUACUCGCGGAUUCAAAAGAUCUUAUGGAUAACACUACCACGCAAAAGUAUUGGAUCGACGUACAACUUAGAUGGGGAGAUUACGAUUCUCACGAUAUUGAAAGAUAUGCUAGAGCGAAAUUCUUAGAUUAUACAACAGACAAUAUGUCUAUUUAUCCAUCACCGACAGGAUUGCUAAUUGCUAUUGAUUUAGCGUAUAAUUUGCACAGCGCGUAUGGUAACUGGUUCCCAGGAUGUAAACCUCUUAUACAGCAAGCAAUGGCAAAGAUAAUGAAGGCUAAUCCAGCUCUGUACGUGUUACGAGAACGCAUUAGAAAAGCGUUACAGCUUUAUUCAUCGGAACCUACAGAACCGUAUCUCUCUUCACAAAAUUACGGAGAACUGUUUUCGAAUCAAAUCAUUUGGUUCGUGGACGAUACGAACGUUUAUCGCGUUACAAUUCACAAAACGUUCGAGGGCAAUUUAACCACAAAGCCUAUAAAUGGAGCGAUCUUUAUUUUCAACCCUCGGACUGGUCAAUUGUUUUUAAAGAUUAUUCAUACGUCCGUUUGGGCUGGUCAAAAGCGUUUAGGUCAGUUGGCAAAGUGGAAAACUGCGGAAGAAGUGGCUGCACUUAUUCGAUCCUUACCGGUAGAGGAACAACCGAAGCAAAUUAUAGUAACCAGAAAGGGAAUGUUGGAUCCGUUGGAAGUACAUUUACUUGAUUUCCCUAAUAUCGUUAUCAAAGGAUCGGAGCUUCAGUUGCCGUUCCAGGCUUGUUUGAAAGUCGAAAAGUUUGGCGAUUUAAUCUUGAAAGCAACAGAACCACAAAUGGUAUUAUUCAAUUUAUACGACGACUGGUUGAAAACAAUUUCGUCGUAUACGGCGUUUUCACGUUUAAUUCUUAUUCUCCGCGCGUUACACGUUAACACUGAAAGAACAAAAGUUGUACUGAAGCCUGACAAGACAACCAUAACAGAACCACAUCAUAUAUGGCCUUCUUUGACGGACGAUGAAUGGAUUAAAGUUGAAGUACAACUGAAAGAUCUGAUUUUGGCUGAUUACGGAAAGAAGAACAAUGUGAAUGUCGCGUCACUGACUCAAUCGGAAAUUCGAGAUAUUAUCUUGGGUAUGGAAAUUAGCGCACCAUCCGCACAACGUCAACAAAUCGCUGAAAUAGAAAAGCAAACGAAGGAACAGUCGCAGCUUACAGCAACGACUACAAGAACAGUGAACAAACAUGGCGACGAAAUUAUCACAGCUACGACUUCCAAUUACGAAACACAAACAUUCAGUUCGAAGACAGAAUGGCGAGUAAGAGCAAUUUCUGCUACUAAUUUACAUUUGCGGACCAAUCAUAUAUACGUGUCGUCGGACGAUAUCAAAGAGACUGGUUACACUUACAUUUUACCAAAGAAUGUUCUCAAGAAAUUCGUAACUAUUUCGGACUUGCGAGCACAGAUCGCAGGAUAUUUGUAUGGUAUUAGCCCACCGGAUAAUCCACAAGUAAAAGAAAUACGAUGUAUAGUUAUGGCUCCACAGUGGGGAACUCAUCAAACGGUUCACUUACCUAGUACGCUUCCAAAUCACCAAUACCUCAAGGAGAUGGAGCCUCUCGGUUGGAUUCAUACUCAACCUAACGAGCUACCGCAAUUAUCACCUCAGGAUAUAUCUACGCAUGCUCGAAUAAUGGCAGAAAAUCCAAUUUGGGAUGGAGAAAAGACUAUCGUUAUUACUUGCAGUUUUACACCAGGAUCCUGUUCCCUUACAGCGUACAAAUUAACACCUAGUGGUUUUGAAUGGGGAAAGCAAAAUACCGACAAGGGAAAUAAUCCUAAAGGUUAUCUACCUAGUCAUUAUGAGAAAGUACAAAUGUUGUUGUCCGAUCGUUUCCUUGGUUUCUUUAUGGUUCCGAGUCAAGGAUCCUGGAACUAUAACUUUAUGGGUGUAAGACACGAUCCGAAUAUGAAGUACGAACUGCAAUUGGCGAACCCGAAGGAAUUUUAUCACGAGAUCCAUAGACCUGCCCAUUUCUUAAAUUUCUCCAGUUUGGAAGAUGGAGAAGGCGUCGGAGCCGAUAGAGAAGAUGUAUUUGCUUAAAGGGAUGAGAAAAGAUAUAAAAGGAAAAUAGGAAGGAAGGGAAGAAGAAAGAAAGGAAAGUUUCUUUUCGUUCGUACGUGGUAAACGGGUGAGAAAUGGUGUUUAGAUGUUUAUGCAUUUGACACGAAUAACACGGUUACG